UAUAUAGCUAUAAUGGGCACAAUAAUUAGGAAUGUUUGUUUAUAAAUACACUCCUCGCAAAAAUUAAGGGAACAUAAAAAUUUUUGAAAUUUUUGGGUGAUUUUCAACAGGCUGUAUUUCAGUGAAAAAUAAUCGUACAGGAAAUUUAAAAAAAGGGUUUUGAAGCUUGAAAACUCUAGUUUUCAGAUUUUUUGGUAAAAAAAUUUUUUGAGCUCCGGUUUCCAUGCAAUUCUUAAACAAAGCUGAAAAUAAAUUUUUUCUAAAUUUUCUCGGUUUUGUUUUUCACUCUAUGGGCAUGGAAAAAUUUUUUCGAGCUACUCCAUUGUAUAGGUCUCUUAGCGUGUUUAUUCAGCUUCAAAAAUCGCUUUGGAUGGCUCAAUUACGACCAUUUGUCUCCGAGAUAUCGAACUUUGAAUGCAAAAGCAUCCUUUUCCAUUCAACUGCUAAUAUCUCUGGAACUACUGGUCGCACAGCAAGCGGGCGCCGAGUUUCUUUAUCUGCAUAAAAUUUCCAAUUAAGCACAGUCAAGAGUUAGUGAAGAAAAAUUCACUAACUCUUGACUGUGCUGUGUGAAUCCUUUAAACUAUAUCUUGUAUUUUUUUUUAAAUGGGCGAGUAUGUAGUAACCCCACAUGCGCGGGGGGCAAGGGAUUGUUAGUAAUGGAGUCUAGCUGACUCAUUGCCAGCAAUAUAUCCUAUCAGGUCGACUUCCACGCGGUUCCCCUUGGAAACCAUCGUGGUUAAUUCUAGUGGAAUUCGUCACGAUGGGCCAACUGACCUGCUUUCAUCGUCACCUAUCCAUCCAUCCCUCACUGGUGGCCCGUAUACCGAUAGUGCAGGCAGGUUUACCAUUCCAUUAUCACCCAUUAAAAAACCCACAUGCGCUAUUGGUAUAAGCUGGUGUUCAUUUCUACUAAGUUUCUACUAUACAUAAUAACAGUUAUCACCUACAGUCCUUUAUAAUAAAUAAUACUAUUUCCUUUAUUAUAACUAUCGCAAUUUGGUACUUUUUACAAAAUUUAAAUCGACAAUACUGUUGUCCAUUAUUAAAAAAAAAUAUUUUAAUGAUCGGAUUGACCCCACUAUGUUCGUACCAACUCGUACUACUACUCUAAGAAUAAGGAAUCCGAAAUUUUUGCAAUUACGAAUAAAAUUAGUAGUCGGAUGAAUAUAAUUAGAAAUAAUUAAAAUAAUUUGAAAAUCAUUCGAAUAAUCCGAAUGAUUUGCUCAGUCGGAUUAGUAAAAUCGCGCAUCGCUAGUAGGUUUGUAUCCAAAUAUAUAUAUAUAUAUAUGUAUAUAUAUAUAUAUAUAUAUAUAUUUGCUAUUAUUACAUAUGCAAAAAAAAUAUGUAAUAUCUUUAAAUUACAUUCUAUUUGUUUUUCUGAAUUAUAUUUUAGGAGAACUGAAACAAUACAUUAAAAAUUGAAAUACUUAUAUAUUAAAGUAGAUAAUAUUCAAUUAAUACAAAAUUUAUGAAUUGUAUUUCUGUAUAACCAAAUAGGAGAAUGCAUAACAAAAGUAGAAAUUUAAUUUGAAAAUACUUAGAGUAUAUUUUUUCUUUUAGGAUGUAGCGUCGAUCGUCUCCCAAAAAAUAGCAAUGAUACGCAAAGAACAAGAGGAAAAUGAACUAUCUAAUACUUGCGGAUUUGGCUGGUCAUCGAAGGAUUCUACCCUGGGUCAGUUCACAGGAUCAACAGGAGCGCAAAUCCUUACACCCAGGGAAUUAGCUAGUGGAGUCCAAGCCUGGGCUAAGAAGGAUCAACUAGUCCGCGCAGCCCCAGUCGAAGGUGGAAUGGGUAUGCACCUACUCCAGAAGAUGGGUUGGACUCCAGGCCAGGGUUUGGGCAAAGAAGGCACAGGGACUCUCCAACCAUUGUUAUUAGAGGUCAAACUCGAUACAAGAGGGCUGCAGUCGAAAGAAGAGGUCAGUAGCAGACCAAACAAAGCUAUGAAACCCCACCGCCAGGGUCGUAGUAGAGGGGGCCCAGCUCCACUGAUAGCAGGCGGCAAGCACCCGGUGUCGUUACUAGGCGAAUACUGUUCUAAACAGAAACUUGGUCCACCUGAGUAUAACCUUUGCUUUGAAUGCGGCCCUGAUCACAAGAAGAAUUUUUUAUUCAAAGUAAAAGUAGCUGGCACUGAAUAUCAACCGGCAGUGGCGAGCGCCAACAAGAAGCAAGCUAAAGCCGAUGCUGCUCAGCUCGCAUUACAAAAGCUUGGCAUUGUGACACAAUAAUUAACAUAAACAAUACAAAAAUAAUUAUAUUGGCUAUUGUUUGUACCUUUGUAUUGUAAAAUAAUAUCAAUAAAUGUACCUAAUAUUAUUUAUAACAUUAUUAUAUAAAUUAUAA